AUGGCUAGAACCAAGCAAACCGCAAGAAAGUCGACUGGUGGCAAGGCCCCAAGAAAGCAGUUGGCCUCCAAGGCUGCCAGAAAAUCCGCCCCUUCUACCGGUGGUGUCAAGAAGCCCCACAGAUAUAAGCCAGGUACCGUUGCCUUGAGAGAAAUCAGAAGAUUCCAGAAGUCCACUGAGCUUUUGAUCAGAAAGUUGCCUUUCCAAAGAUUGGUCAGAGAAAUCGCCCAGGACUUCAAGACUGACUUGAGAUUCCAGUCCUCGGCCAUCGGCGCCUUGCAGGAGUCCGUCGAGGCCUACUUGGUCUCCUUGUUCGAGGACACCAACUUGUGUGCCAUCCACGCCAAGAGAGUCACCAUCCAGAAGAAGGACAUCCAGUUGGCCAGAAGAUUGAGAGGCGAGAGAUCGUAA